AUGUGUUCGACUAUUAUUCGUCUUUUCAUCCUCUUAGGUAUUGCUCUGGCAGUAUGCGAAGCUACCUAUGUUCGAUGUUCUCAAAGAGUUCCUAUUUACUCGUGUGCAUCAAUGAGCUGCUCUGUAGCUGGCGGUGCUGUCACGGACGAGCGUUAUCCAUGUGAUUGCUCUAAAAUCGAGAAACUUUCGGGUAAAAAGAAAACAUGGUUUAAGAUCGAAUUACCCAAUGGAAAACAUGGCUAUGUAACCGAUGCCCACUGUUCGGGUGACGUACCACCUUGUAAAUGA